AUGGAAACCGAGAAUCUAGUCGAGAACCAAAUAAUUGAAGAACCAACAAACGAAGUUCCACAGCCAAUUAUCAACGAAAAUGAUUCAUCCGUAGCAAAUACCGAUGAUGUCGCUAAACUUCCAAUUCCAUUAGAGACACCAUCAAAAAUUCCAAGAAAGAUGAAGGCUUCAUUGAACAAUUUUGAAACACCAAACAUUAAAAACUCAGAUAGGAGACUUUGCGACCUAUACAUGUCUGCCCAAAAGCCACCAAAGGAAGAAAUCCAAACUCCAGCAAGAAAAAUAUCAAAGAAGGAAUUAGAUUCAUUCCUUAGAAGAACAGAACAACAAGAUGAAUUACGUAAGAAGAAGCAAGAAAAACUCAAACAUCAAGAUGAUGUUAGAACUUCUAAAAUAAUGGGAACAUCAAAGAAAAUGAAGAAGAGUGAGAUUGAAAAUGUUGCAAAACGUCUUUCAAUGACACCAAUGAGGCAAUCAGUCAAUCCAAAGUCAGAAAUACCACCAGAAACUCCAGCUCCUAACUCUCAUGUAUUUGAUCGUCUCUACUUACUCUCUACAUGCAAGAAGAGAGCUUAUCAAAGUGAGGAACAAGAGAACACCACUGUUCAAUCUUGCCCGAUGAGUGUGAUUAGCAAUAAGUCAUCAAUAUUGGCUAACAAGCACUCAAUUCAACAAAUUGCUGAAGAAUUUGGUGAUCAGCAGUUCUGUGAUCUUGAUCAAAUGUUUGAACAUUUGAGAAAUCUCCAUAUCAUUGAUGAUAUUUCUCCAGAGCAUGAAGUUGCUUUGUGCACAAAGACAAUUGCCAAAUGCUUAACAGCUGAUGGCAAUUACAGUGCUUGCCAGCUCAAGGAAGCAUUGAUUGAAUUAUUCACAACAAGAAAUCCAAAUAAGUUCGGCAGACUUGUUUGCUCAAAGAUGACAUUAGCUCGUGCAAAUGAGCGUUCUGUCAUCAAGGUUGAAGAACCAUCUGAAGAUGCAGAGUCUAUCAAAUGCGCAGCCAAAAUGCAGAAAGAAACACUUGAGCGUCUUCUUGCCACCAAACCUCAAAUUGAAGAAGAAGUUGAAGAAGUCAAGCCAGUUCAAACAAAGAUUCUUUCAGAUGCUUCCAAAUCAAUUCUUGCUAAGUCAGAGAGAACUAAGUCAAUUCUUCAAUUGUCUCUUGAAGACAGAAAUAAAGUUCUUCUCCAGAAACGCGAUGAAAUAGUUUCUCAGCUUAAGAAGACUAUUGAGCAAGAAGAAGAGAGUGAGUUCAAAGCACCAACCAACCUUGGUUACAUGCCAGAUUUCUAUGAAAAGCUUCCAGAAGAAAAGAAGAGAAGGUCCAAGAAAGUUGAAGAUAAACCAGAAGAACCUUCCUUCAAGCCAAAGACAAAUUCAUACCAAGAUUUCCAGAGAAUCAAGUAUAAAUUCGAAGUUUCUCAAAAACCAACGGGCUGGGAAGAAACAGUUGAAAGACUUAGACUUGCUAGAAUCGAAAGAAACAGAAUACAGGAAUCCCUCGACAUCAGAAAUAGUACCGUUCCGAUCAAGAAGAGAGUUUCCUUUGGUGCUCUUAAGAAGAAGAUAAAGAAACAUGCGGAACAGAACAAGGCUGCUGUCGAGACCAACUCUUUGUCUGAAGCUGGUGCUGUUGAUAGCAUUCUUGGAAUUUAA